UGGGCAUGCUCAGUGGGCAGGGUCGGUUUUAGGGGUGCAACUGGGAAGCCUGCUGCUUUGCUGGCCGGGCUCUUCCCCUCCCCCCACCUGUACGAGGCUGGGCCUGAGGAGCCUGUGCUCAGCAUCCUACCCCGUUGCCUGGGCUUGGUCUUCCCUGCGGGUCCCCGCGCUGACAUUCAGGCGAGGGUCAGGAGGCCGGGCGCGUCUCCAGAGCGCGCGGGGCGGGGGGGGGGCUGGGGCGAGGGUUUUGGGCUCUGACGACGGGGUCCCAGGGGUCCGCCCGCCUCCCAGACGCGUUUCUAGGCCAGGGGAAGCCUGCCUGCGGAGUAGGGGAAACCAAAUUCGGGGUCUGGGGACGAGAAAUCAGGCUAAGAAAUGGCAUUUCAAAAGGCAGUGAAAGGGACUAUUCUUGUUGGAGGAGGUGCUGUUGCAACUGUUCUAGGCCUCUCUCAGUUUGCUCAUUACAGAAGGAAGCAAGUGAACCUGGCCUUUGUUGAAGCAGCAGAUUGCGUGUCAGAACCUGUUAACAGGGAGCCUCCUUCCAGAGAAGCUCAGAUACUGACUUUGAAAAACACAUCUGAAUUCGACAUCCUUGUCAUUGGAGGAGGAGCAACAGGAAGUGGCUGUGCCCUAGACGCGGUCACCAGAGGACUAAAAACAGCCCUUGUAGAAAGAGAUGAUUUCUCAUCAGGGACCAGCAGCAGAAGCACUAAAUUGAUCCAUGGUGGUGUGAGAUAUCUUCAGAAGGCUAUCAUGAAGUUGGAUAUUGAGCAGUACAGGUUGGUAAAAGAAGCCCUUCAUGAGCGUGCCAACCUACUAGAAAUUGCUCCCCAUUUAUCAGCUCCGUUGCCUAUAAUGCUUCCAAUUUACAAGUGGUGGCAGUUACCUUACUACUGGGUAGGAAUCAAGCUAUAUGAUCUGGUUGCUGGAAGUAAUUGCCUGAAAAGCAGUUAUGUCCUCAGCAAAUCAAGAGCCCUUGAGCAUUUCCCAAUGCUCCAGAAGGACAGACUGGUAGGAGCAAUUGUCUACUAUGAUGGACAGCACAACGACGCACGGAUGAACCUUGCCAUUGCUCUCACUGCUGCCAGGUAUGGGGCUGCCACGGCCAAUUACAUGGAGGUCGUGAGCUUGCUCAAGAAGACAGACCCCCAAACAGGGAAAGAGCGCGUGAGUGGGGCGCGGUGCAAGGAUGUCCUCACAGGGCAGGAAUUUGACGUGAGAGCCAAGUGUGUUAUCAAUGCCACGGGACCUUUCACAGACACCGUGCGCAAAAUGGAUGAUAAGAACGCCGCAGCUAUCUGCCAGCCGAGCGCCGGCGUCCACAUCGUGAUGCCUGGUUAUUACAGCCCAGAGAGCAUGGGACUUCUUGACCCAGCGACCAGUGACGGGCGAGUGAUUUUCUUCUUACCGUGGCAAAAGAUGACUAUAGCUGGCACUACUGAUACGCCAACCGACGUUACACAUCACCCCGUUCCUUCUGAGGAAGACAUCAACUUCAUUUUGAAUGAAGUGCGUAACUACUUGAGCUGUGAUGUUGAAGUGAGAAGAGGGGACGUCCUGGCAGCGUGGAGCGGUAUUCGCCCCCUUGUUACAGAUCCCAAGUCUGCAGAUACUCAGUCCAUCUCCCGAAAUCAUGUAGUGGAUAUCAGUGAGAGCGGCCUCAUCACGAUAGCAGGUGGAAAGUGGACCACCUAUAGAUCUAUGGCAGAAGAUACCAUAAAUGCUGCCGUCAAGACCCACGAUUUGAAAGCAGGACCAAGUAGAACUGUUGGGCUUUUCCUUCAAGGGGGCAAAGACUGGAGCCCCACACUCUACAUCAGACUUGUCCAGGAUUACGGACUUGAAAGUGAAGUGGCGCAGCAUCUUGCCGCCACCUAUGGUGACAAGGCUUUUGAGGUGGCCAAGAUGGCAAGCGUGACAGGAAAACGGUGGCCCAUUGUUGGAGUGCGUCUAGUGUCGGAAUUUCCAUACAUUGAAGCAGAGGUGAAAUAUGGGGUUAAGGAGUAUGCCUGCACCGCAGUAGACAUGAUUUCACGCCGCACUCGCCUGGCCUUUCUGAAUGUUCAGGCAGCCGAGGAAGCCCUGCCCAGGAUUGUUGAACUGAUGGGCAAAGAACUGCACUGGGACGAUUCUAAAAAAAAGGAAGAACUUGAAACAGCCAGGAAGUUUCUCUACUAUGAAAUGGGCUAUAAAUCUCGAUCAGAACAGUUAACAGAUCGCUCUGAGAUUAGCCUACUGCCUUCAGACAUUGACAGAUACAAGAAGAGAUUUCAUAAGUUUGAUGCAGACCAGAAGGGCUUUAUCACCAUUGUUGACGUUCAGCGUGUAUUAGAGAGUAUCGGUGUCCAAAUGGAUGAAAAUACACUACAUGAAAUUCUGAAUGAAGUAGAUUUGAACAAAAAUGGCCAGGUUGAACUCAAUGAAUUUUUGCAGCUGAUGAGUGCUAUUCAAAAAGGAAGGGUGUCUGGAAGCCGGCUGGCUAUACUAAUGAAAACUGCAGAAGAGAAUCUCGACAGAAGAGUUCCCAUCCCCGUGGACCGAAGUUGUGGAGGACUGUGAGUCUGAGCAGUAAAUCCACAGCCAACAAACACAGGAACAACAAAUCACCAUGUAACAAACCACAGAUGACUUACACCACUCCGAACAGUGGAUAUGGAUAGCUGCCUUUUUUAACACUGGGGAACAUUCCAAAGCUGUAGGACGUUGAUGUAUACCCUUUAUUUGUAUUUGCCAUUCAAUCUAGCUUCUUAAAAGUGUAUUUUAUUUUUUUUCUCAUUUUCAAUGCACACUGGUUUAAUGUUUUGCAUUCAUUUUGUGACCUGUUAGACUGGACAUACUCCUUUUUUGUUUGUUUACUCAUUUAUUCAAAGUCAGUUUUAGAGGCAGAAUAUCUAGGCAGAAAUUGAAAAAAGAAGCUGGAAACAUUUUGCGACACGCACAAAGCUCUGGAUAUUAAGCUUGUUUAAGUGUUCGCUUCGGCAGCACGUGUACUAAGCUUGUUUGAUAGUAUUUGUUCUUAAAAGAAAUUGAGUAGGGUGUGACCUAUUAACACAAUAGUGUCUCUGGAGACCCCUCAGCUCCUUCUUCCUCCAGCUUGUCUGCCUUCCUCAUCCAAACAGUAUUGUGCAACUUUACAUCUAGACCAUGACUGGCAACACUGGAGAGGGAAAAAAUUUAGAUCUGGUGAUAAGAGCUAGUCUCAAAGAGAAACUCUGAAAGCUUCCAGAAUCACAGGUAUAAGUUAAGGAUAGCAUUGACAUUUCUGGGAGUUACAGUGAUAGUUUCAUCUCAGCAAUUCAUUUUUACCCCCAGUCACUGCUGGUUUUUCUUUGACUAUUACCGUUGCCAGGAAGAUCCUGGCUUUUCUUACUUUAAAACCAGCACUGAAGUGGCAGGUUGGAUGUAGUGGGCUGAGACUGAAUUUCUCAAAUCUUCACAGUACUAAUAAAUUUAAGGAUUAAAAACUUGUGUUUAUAUGUCCACAUGUUAUAGCACAAUUUUCAGUCCCCAAAUCCUAAAUCUUGGAACAUGUGAUAUUGUCAGAUAUGGUCUCUUUGACUUAGGUUAUCACAUUUUAGGGGGGUGUUUGUAAACAGUAAAAGAGGAUUGAAAUAGCCUUUCGUUAACUUCAGUUCUAAUUAUUUGUAAAAAGGCACAAAAUUGCCAUGUUCAAGGUAAUUUUAAUUGCUUAAAGCCUCUUCUCCUCUGUACUCAAUGGAAAAGUUCUCAAUCAACCAAAAAGGAAAAAAAGAAAGAAAACCAUACCCAAUACACACUCACACACAUCCCGCAUCACACACACACAUACACACAGAGACACAAAACAAAAGGAAAAAGCAGUCUGCAAUGUAUAAUAUAUUGAAUUUAAAGGGCCAGUCUGGUAUGCUUUUGCAAUACUUUGGUGGCACUUUAGCCAGUCAUCUGAAUGUUUAUUCGUUGUGUUUCCUCUUGUGAAGUUAACGACCUACUUUCUUUUUUAUUUUUAAUAUCAUGUUGUGUAUGAAUAGGAAAUGUAACCCUUUAUUUAACAUUAGGUUUUCAUUGUGCAGGCUUGAGAUCUUAAUUUUUUUAAAACUGGUAGAUAAAACUCUGUUGUGCUGUUAUUUCUAUAUAUGUCAACAUUGUAGAAUAUCUUUAUGCCUCAUUCAAGUGGGGUACGAGCCUGUAUGUCAUAAUGUACACACUGGAGGUUCACUCAUCUAAGCCCCCAUCCUCACCUCUGAAACAGACAGUUAAGGUAGCAUAUUAACUCAUUUUGUUUUUAAAAUGAAGUUUAGACUUGCCACUUCCUAAAGGAAAACCUAAGACAGAGCAAGUGACGCUCCCAGGUAUCACUGUGAACUUUUUUCUUUCAAGGUGUGAUUUUUACAGUGGCUUUUUUUUUAAAUAAUGGAAUCACGUGGCUUUGUAAUUUAGUGUUUUUCUAUGAAGACAAUAAAUUUCACUGUUUAGAACCCAGUGACACUUCAUAGAUAGAAGAGCUGUCCUUUACAACAUGAGAGAUGAUGUACCGCAGUAUUGUACAUUUAUGCUCUCUCUUUCUUUCUCUCCUUUUCUAGUUAAAUCAAGAUAACGAUGGGCUUGUAUCCUCCCUGAAUCCAUUACAGUAGGGACCGGGUUUAUAACCUGACUGGCCUGGGCAGAGCUGUAUUUGUAAAGAGGCCUUGUUUAUGCACGACUUGCUAUGAGUGAAGUUCCUUUAAGGACAAAAAAAAAGCGCACUUUUCUUCUUUUGAGCAUAUCUGCUUUGGCUUAAAAUCUGCUAAUUCUAAAACAUACGCUUCUUCACCAAUCCCAGAGACUUGUCUUGGAAAUGAGCUGGUUCCAAGUCUUUACUGUGAAUAAAGCACCCCGCAUUUUUGCGUAAGUUCUUAAUUAAACCUGUACAGCUUCUUUACCUGAUUUCAGAAAAGGAGAGAAGAAAAUGGGGGUUGGGGGUGUAAACUCCUUCAAAAUCUAUUCCAAGCGCAAAAGAAUUUUUUGUCUUUUUGGAGAAACAUGGUAUUAGCUGAUUAUGUUGGGGUGGGUGUGGGGUGUGCAGGUUGUUUUUUUUUAAUCGUCAGGUGAUUUUUAUUUAAAGAGCCUUUAAGGGGAUUCAGGUGAAGGAACCCCUGUGGUGGAGAGCUGGAUGCUCCUUUAAAUUGUCCUUACCGCACUCAGAACAAUAGUGAUCAUGCUGGAUUAUUUGUUAAGCCAAGGUUGUCUGCCUCAUAUCCAUCAUGCUGUUGGCAAUAUUCUUGCUUCCAAUCAACUCAUACUGAGUGUAACUUUAGGAUUUCUACUACUAGAUGCAUGCUCCCUAUUCUGCUUUAGUUUCUAGCUUUGUUUUGUCUUUUUCAAAAUAUGUAGCUUACUCUUUUGUACAACAACAAAAAUUUCAUUCUUUUACUAAACAUACUGUAAGGAUGAUCAUUGAUCUUAUUUCCUUUUUUAAAUGUAUUUGUAAAGAUUUUUGGCAUAUGAAUGUAAUAAUAUUGAAUCUAUGACGCUAAUAACUUGCACUGUUUUGCAUUAUGUCUUUUUAGAGAGUAAAAAAGCCCUACUGUGUUUUUAAAGCAUCAGGUAUAAUCCCACUACCAGAGUGGCAGUACACACUGCAUGUUUUCAUAUGUGGCAUUUUUAUGUAUUGUGUUGGGUUAUUGUUCUGGAUUGGACUGUUAAAUACUGUGUUUGAGGCUGGGUUGUCAUUUUUAUAACUGUCUUGGUGUUUUAUCGCCAUUAUUUAUUACUUUUGAUAUACAGAAUGAGCUGCAUGCAUUUAUAGAGCAAUAAGAGGAUGUAUUUAAUGUGCCUUGUUUUUAACUGAAUAAGAACUGAAAGCAUGAAUCAAUAAAACUGAUUAAAAUGGUC